AUGGAAACUACAGCACCUCAGGGAGCAAAACUUUCGAUGGAGUUAUCAAAACUCGAUGAAGAAUUAGAAAGAAUCGAAAGUGAUAUAUGUUUGUUGAGAAAGCGAAAGCGUGCAUUACUGGAAAGGAAAGCACAGAUUGAAAAGCGUAUAGUUGAGCGAAAUGUAGAGAAUGAAAAUUCAUCUAAAAUUUGGGAUUCAGACGAUUUUCAAUGGAUGAAGGAAUGUCGCCGUGUAUUGCAUGACAUUUUUAAAUUGAGUGACUUUCGUCCUCUGCAAAGAGCUGUUAUCAAUGCAGUGCUGUCGAAGGAAGAUUGUUUGGUGGUGAUGAGUACUGGAAGUGGGAAAAGUCUUUGUUACCAGUUGCCAGCUAUUGUUAUGAAGGGUAUUGUAAUGGUUGUGUCACCUUUGGUAGCCCUUAUUGAAGAUCAGUUGCAUCAGUUAAAAAAGUUAGGCAUUGAUGCAGCAACACUCAAUCAGUCGACCGCGAAAGAGGAGAUAAGUCGAGUGCAAGCAGCACUUAUUGAUCCAAAGGCUUCGCUAUGCUUACUCUAUGUCACUCCGGAAAAAUUGGCAAAAAGUAAACGGAUUAUGAACCGUUUGGAAAAAUGUAAUGAAAUGAAACGAUUAAAGUUGAUUGCAGUUGAUGAAGUACACUGCUGCUCACAAUGGGGACAUGAUUUUCGACCAGACUUUAAAUUCCUUAAUGUUUUGAAGCGUCAAUUUCAAGCUGUGCCAUUGAUCGGGCUGACUGCUACGGCUACUGCUGAUGUUAUUAGUGAUGUGAAAAACAUGCUGGGCAUUCCAGCAGCUGUGGUAUUCCGCGCUGGUUUCAAUCGGCCAAAUUUACAUUACAGUGUUUGUCAAAAACCAUCAUCAGAUGUUGAAUUUGUGGAUAUUUUGGCGAAGUUAAUUAAAACUCGAUUUGCGGAGCUUAGUGGAAUUAUUUAUUGCUUUUCGCGUAAAGAGUGUGAGGAACUUACAAAAUCAUUGCGUGCAAAAGGUAUAAAGGCGUUAUAUUAUCACGCUUUUCUGGAUGCUAAUAAAAGGUACAUUACUCAUGAAAAAUGGCUGAAUGGAGAAAUUAACGUCAUUAUAGCAACAGUAGCUUUUGGUAUGGGGAUUGAUAAACCUGAUGUUCGGUAUGUCAUACAUCAUUCUUUACCUAAGUCACUGGAGAACUAUUAUCAGGAAAGUGGGCGUGUUGGACGAGAUGGUAGUGAGGCGUAUUGUAUCUUAUUUUAUCGUUUAAAUGAUCUCUUUCGGCAGAGUACGAUGGUUUGCACGGAAAAAACUGGUGUGCGCAAUUUAUAUUCAGUAUUAUCUUACUGUACUCAGGCAUCGGAAUGUCGACGGUCAGUAAUAGCUGAGCAUUUCAAUGUGGAAUGGAAUCCAUCACUGUGUUCCAAGAUGUGUGAUAUAUGUUCUCAAAUUAAUAAUAUUGAAUGUGUGGAUGUGACCGAUCAUUGGCGAGUGAUGCUGGAAGUGUUGAAAAAUGUUAAACAAGUCGCAGUAACAACCUAA